GGCAGGCGGCGUGGCGCGGCGUGGCGUGGCGAAGCGAGUCGGCGCGGCGGCAGUUGCCAGUCUCAGUUUUUGUGGACAAGAAGCAAGCCGUGCCGGCCGCGCCGCCUCCGCGUUCUCGACUGUGUUGUGUUUGUGUUUGAUCGGCGGCUUUCCAACCCGUGAAUGCACGCGAAAAGCCGCCCUCUGUGCGCCGAUCUGACGUCGCCAGGAAUCGAACCCGGGCCCGUCUAGAGGGCCGGCCGGGCUCGUGGACAAGCUGGCCAUCCCGGACACAGGGUCGUCCUGGGUCCCCGCGGACGCUGGACCCGGGCACGAUGCCCCGACCCGGACGACGACCGUGGCCCCGGACGCCGCCGACGGGCGGUGGGCGGCCGACGGCAUGGGGGUGGCGGUGCGGGUCAACAGCCUGCUGGACGACGGCCGCACGGCACUGCAAGGGCUGCUGGCGUCCCUCCCUCCGUGGGCGCGGGGCGCGGCGCUGGCGGGGGGCUGCCUGGCCCUCGUCGUCGGGCUGCUGAUCCUGGCGUGGCUGCUCAAGCCGGGAUGCCUCUCCAGGAUCUGCUGCCGCAGGAGGCGCCGAAACUCAGAGAAUGUGACGCCGCCGCUGGACAAGCCCAAGAAGCACAGCAUCGACGAGGAGCUGCAGCUGGAGGACGUGACGUACCGGUCGUGGGCGCGCGGCUCGCUGUACGACACUCCGCUGGCGGGCGACGGGGACAGCGUGUCGCACGCCUCGCACAGGGACUCGACCUACAGCAGCAUGUCGGACGCCACGGACACCAGCUCCAUCCUGAGCUACGCCAGCGGCGUGCUGCCCAGUAACGACUCGUCGGCGGCCUGCCUGGCCUCCACGCCGAGCGGCCCCCUCGGCGGCGCCCUGGGCGGCGCCCUGGGCGGCCCUCCCAGCGUGGUGCUGCUGGUGCAGUACCUGGGCCACGGCGAGGAGGGCGCGGCCUCCCCGACGGGCCGCUUGGCCUUGACGGUGGUGGAGGCGCGCUGCCUGCCGUCCAGGGACUACGGCGCCAGCCCCGACCCCAGCGUGCAGCUGAGCGUGUCGCCGCGGCGGCUGCCCUUCCCGUUCCGCUGGCUGCGCGGCCGCGGCCACCCCCUGGGGCUGGGCCUGGGCCUGGGCCGCCCCCGCACGCUGCACCAGCUGCGCACCCGCUCCGUGCGCCACUCGCGGCAGCCCCGCUUCAACGAGGACUUCGCCGUCGAGGCGCGCCGCGCAGACAUCAAGGACUGGUCGCUGCAGGUGGCGGUGAUGGACGAGUGCAAGCUGCGGGGCAGCACGCUGCUGUGCCGCGGCGAGGUGCGGCUCAAGCAGAUCCUGGCGGCCAGGGAGCCGACGCAGCUGUGCGUGCCGCUGGCGCCGCAGCCCGAGGAGCGCGCCCUGCUGCUGUUCGGCCUCAGCUUCCUGCCCACGGCGCAGCGCCUCUCCGUGAGCGUGGUCAAGGCCACGCGCGUGCGGCUGGAGCACGUCGUGCCCUCGCCGGACCACUUCCGGCCGUACGUCCGGGCGACGCUGGUGCACUCUGGCAGCGGCCGUCGCGUGGACUCGGCGCGGACCAGCCCGCAGGAGCCCUCCCUGAACCCCGAGUUCUGCGAGACGCUCUCCCUGAAGCUGACGCCGGCCCAGCUGGGCUCCCUGUCCCUCAUCGUGGCGCUGUGCCACCGACUUUCGGAUGGCGACGAGAGAGGCCCGGGCGGCCGCCACCCCCGCGACCGCGUGCUGGGCGCCGUGGCCGUGGGCAGCCGCGUGCAGGGCGAACGCGGUCGGGAGCACUGGCGCGCCAUCGAGCAGCGGCCGCGGAGGGUCGUGUCCAUCUGGCACACCCUCACCUGAGCAGACUGACCCACUUGUGCUGUCGCUUUUAAUCGGCAACAACUCAAGGGAAUGUGUGUUUCACUUUGCAAGACUAACGUCGCGUUCCAGACGCCGUACUGAAUGUGUUUUUGUCGCUUGACCAAUGUUAGUACAAAAAGACCGAGUUUUCCAUGAAAUGGAUGCGCGAUUGAUUGACGCGAUUCACAAUGAUUCGCCUGUGACGUUAAAUGAAUAAGUUAGUGUUGAUAUGACGUUCCUAGUUACGAUUUUGAUUACUGUUUAUAUUUAUUGUUAAUAAAAUAAAAUGAGGCAUGUUAUUACAA